CAGUCAGAUUAUUGCCAGAGGGCUGCCUGAUAUCUUCCGGGACUUCAGUAACAAUGAAGAGGACUUUGUAAUGGUAAUGGAGAUCGUGGUCAGAUUGUCAGAAGAUGCAGAGCCCACAGUGCGGGCUGAGCUGCUGGAACAGAUUCCUCCUAUUGCCAUUUUUCUACAACAAAACAGACCCGGUUUUCCAUGGUGCUUCUCUGAGCAUCUCAUACCCAUCGUGGUGCAGUGCCUCACAGAUCCAGACAACCAGGUUAGAAAAUCAAGUCAGGAGGUGCUGUUGAUUCUUCUGGAACAAGAUCUAAUUUUCCAGCACGAUACUGAAAACACAGUGUGUCCCAUCUGGCUGGUGCUCUCCGCCCCUGACGGCGAUGAUGAGCGCGAAGCAGAAGCCGUGAGUAUAAUCUGCAAGCUGGCGUCAGAGCUGAGCAGCAGCACCGUUGAACGCCUGCUGCUCCCUUGAUUCUGUGAGCUGUGUGGUUUUCAAGUUCGGAAGGUAUGUGCCACAAAUUUUGGUGAUAUUUGUCAUGCUGUCGGACAAGAAGCCACUGAGAAAUUUUUGCUGCCGAAGAUUUUUGAGCUCUGCUCAGACAACGCACGGGGGAUGAGGAAAGCGUGUGCGGGGUGCUUCACGGCCGUGUCCCACAACACGUCCCGCGAGGGCCGCCGGGCCGCGCUCUCGCAGCUCUUUAUCACGCUGGUCAGCGACCCCUGUCGACGCGUGCGCCAGGCUGCCUUCCAGUCCCUGGGCCCCUUCAUCUUCACCUUUGCCAACCCCUCCAGGGCUGGCCUUUAUAUUCGAGAAAUGAAGACGAUGGGUACCUACCUACUCAGCAGGCCCUUCGAGGUGGUUUACAAGCACCUCUCCGUUGCGAACUCCUGGGCCCGGCCGGGGAGUCCUGAGGACGUUUUCAAUAAUUUCCUUUAUUGGCGAACUCCUCUCCCUGACCUAAGCAAGGACUUAGAGCUGCUCCUGAGCGAGGCUGGCCCGCAGGAGGCAGGUGGCGGCACACCCGAGGCCGUGCACAGGAGCUGUGUGGCUGGGAGCGAGAUUCAGAGAGUCCUGGAUGGUUUGCAGGAGCAUACGGUGCACGGUCCAGAUGUGCAAGCUCAAGUCCAGGUAUCGUCAGCCGCACUGAGAGCCGCACAGCUAGACUCCGUGAGUGAGCCCGAGCGCCCGCCGACGGAAGGGCCCAGGGAGGUGGCCAUUUCAGAUCCCAGCCCAGCCUCUGGCAGUCAGCCGGCCCCGUCGGCUUCGCCGCCGCAGAAUGAGCUCGCCGCGGCCAGGACGUUACAAAGCACAGGUCCGGGCGAACCUGGCAGUGGAACCAGUGACCAUUUGGAGGCUGACCAGAGGCACGGCUGCAGCCCACUUGAAGAGGGUAAAUCUAAAUUGCAGGGUAUAAUACCUCACCCCCUGCUAGAUGAGUAUGUGUCCACGAUCGACCCAGCUCGAGCCCAGACCGUUGAUACCGACAUAGCCAAACACUGUGCCUACAGCGUCUUGGGGGUGGCGCUGACCCUGGGCAGGCAGAAUUGGCACUGCCUGAAAGAUACGUACGAGAUGCUGGCUUCCGACGUGCAGUGGAAGGUCUGUCGGACCCUAGCCUUCUCCAUCCACGAGCUGGCUGUGAUCCGGGGAUUUUUAAAGGACCUCGAUGAAGUACGAAUAGGACUUCUGAAACACCUGUAUGACUUUCUAAAGUUGCUUCAUGAAGACAAGAGGAGAGAAUAUCUUUAUCAGCUUCAAGAAUUUGUAGUGACCGAUAACGGCAGGAAUUGGAGGUUUCCGUAUGGACUGGCGGAGUAACUGAUACUGAUUUUGGAGCUCUCUAAUCCCAAUGAUGUUAAUGAUUAUUUAGUGCCUAUUGCCUUAAAGUUGUGUGCAGAUAAAGUUUCUGAAGUUCGGUGGAUCUCCUUCAAGCUAGUUGUAGCAAUUCUGCAGAAGUUCUUUUCCAACAGUGAAAGUGCAUUGGGGUUAAAUUUCAUCAAUGAACUCAUCCUAAGAUUCUGGCACUGUUCUAAGUGGGUCGGAAGGCAAGCGUUUGCUUUCAUUUGUCAGGCAGUGGUGAGUGAGGAGUAUCCUGUGGACCAGUUUGUUGAACACUUACUCCCUAGCCUUUUAAGCCUUGCGUCAGACCCUGUGCCAAACGUAGGGCUUUUGCUCGCCAAAGCGCUAAGACAGACACUGUUGGAAAAGGGUACGUGGACCAUUUUUCUGAGCUUACAGAUUUUAAACUUAAUCAGGCAGCAGCUAAAUCUCCUCUUUAGGGAAUUGUGGCAAAUUGUGUGGUAGCGUACUUCAGAUCUAUUAUAUAAAUUGAUAUGUUAAUUUUUAUGCAUAAAUUACGUUAUCAUAAAAUGACUAAGAAUUAAGAUAGCUCAGUUGUAUAUUUAAUAAACAUGCUGAAAUGCAAAAUAUUACAUAGUCUUCUAGAAAUGAGGGAAACUUUUAUAAACUUUAAGUUACGACAGACAGAUUAUGAAAGGUAGUCAAUUUAAGCAUUAACUAUGGUUAGGUUUUAAUGGUAUUCAUUUUGUAGUCA